AUGGCCUCGAACCCGUCAACCUCUGUGAGGGCAGUUUCAGGCACAGCCGGCGAACAGCUGGACCGGACUCGGACGGUUUACGCGAGCGACCAGUAUCAGGCCGUGCAGGAGCUCUACUGGCGCAACAGCCACGGCAAACGUAGCGCACCGACACCACAGCACAGCAACCUCACAACGCCGGUGGAGCAAGAGCAGGAGAUGGAAGUCGAUGCCUCGACCACAACGCCCGAGAAGCCGGGUCUCCUCCAGCCCUUCAACCUCGAGCCGGAUGCAGCACUGGAGGUCACGGUCGCAGCACUUGGGAUUAACCCCCAGGACAAGGCUGCAGUCAACCAGUGGCUGGACCAGCCAGUGGCAAACAAUCGUGAGUUGUUUGCCACGAUGAGGGCGUAUCAUGAGCAAGUCAUUCGCCCAGAGUGCUUCUCGCUCAUCGUUCAGCUGGAGACGGGUUUGAAGGCGUUGAACAACAAUUUGUUCAACGUCCGACGUGAGCUGUCGUGGAUGAGUGCCGAUAACCGCAUGGCCCAGAAGCACGCAUGCGGUGUGCAGCUGCCCACCACUGGCUGGCCACAGGGACUCAGCCCCCCUGACAGAGAGUAUAUGCUUGGGUGGAUGCUUCAAAACACCCCCAAGGUAGCCACAUACUGCAAGGAUCGAGGAAUAAUCAACGACCACAACGCCCAGGAGGUGAAGAGAUACCUACAGGUGUUGGCGACAGACCCCGUGACGGUCCCUGCAGGUGGUGAUUUCUGGUCAGGCAUGACCCUCCUAACGUUCAGGGCCUACGACCUCCGUUUGGCAUUUCUGGAAACUUACGGAGGCGGCAUGGGCAGCCCAGUUUACACUGACGAGUCGACACCGGCAGAGUCAACAGCAUCGACCCCUGGCAAAGGUUCUCAGACCACAACGCCAGGUGCCAAAGGGCCACAGGGCGGUAAGCCAAAGGGCAGAGGCAGAUCCUGA